AUGGAGAACAUCUUUGACCAUUAUGACCUGCUGGAGGUGAUGGAAGGAACGGAGAAGCGCCCCGAGAACGACCCGGAGAAGAGCCCGUGGGUGCGGAAGAGCGCACAAGGCUAUCUCCUACUUGGGCAAGCGUUGGGGAGCAGCCAAAUCCAUCACAUCAAGCCAUUCCAGCGUGAACCAGAGAAGGGACCAAAGGCAUGGGCUGCUCUCAAGGGUGUACACGCUCCUGCAACAGCGGCGGUAGCAGUGGUGUUGGAACGGCAAAUGGCGGCACUACGAAUUGAAGAAGACGAAGCGGUUGAAGAAGGGGUGCAGAAAUUCUUUGACUUGUUGACGUGGCUUGAGAGAGCUGAUUUGAACUAUAGUGAGCUCCAAAAGAAGACCAAGUUGCUGGCCUUACUCCCAGAGACAUGGUCCUCGCUCAUCAUCAACCUCAAUCGUGACUUGCCCCGCCUCUCGCUUGAAGACGUGAAGCGAGCGAUCCUUCAAGAGGAUUUCCGCCGCCGUGAGUUGGCGAGUGCGGAUGGCGCCGGGGCAACAAGCAUCGGCCGAGGGUAUGGCCGUGGAAGGGGCAGAGGACGAGGCUCCCUGAUGGAUGGACUCCUGCUCAAGGCCAAGAGGGUAGAGGAGCAGGAGGAGGGAGAGGAAGAGGCCGUGGAGGCCAUGGCGUUCGCGGAGGUGGUGCUGCAACGAGCAGAGGUGAAAGGCAUGGGCAAGGCCAUGUUCAAGGGUUCUGAUGGGAAGAUGGUGGGCCUCAAGAACGUGCUUUGGGUGCCCAACCUUGCUGCCAACCUGAUUUCCGUGCGGCGGUUGCAAAAGGCCGGCAUGGACACGAGCUCGAAGGGAGCUAAGACCUACACCGCGAGGCUUGGCGAGCGGAUUCUUUGGGACCUUCACGAGGAUAGGGAUGUCUACAACGAGAUGUGGCAGAUCCCUGUGGUCCCCAUGCCUAAGGAGAGGCAAGUGGCAGCAAGCAUCAGCACCAAGGGUGAAGCGGUUGGUAGCGGCGAUGGCGCGAACGGUCGCGCUAAGGAGAUUAAGUCCAAGAAGUGCAAUCUUGGAGGGACCAGCAAGCUCGGUGAACACGAGGAGAGUAGUGCAGCAGCUCAGAAGCAGCACAAUGAUGAGGAGAACCGCAAGGCAGCAGCGGAGGAGUACAGAGAGAACAUGUGGGGCACUAUUGCAGGUGCGGCAUUCUCCAAUCCGACUUCGGCUAUGUGGGAGUGUGAUUGGCUCACCUUGCAUCCGCGAAUGGGGCAUGUGGCCCUGCCCAUCUUGCAGCAGCUAGUGAAGAAUGAGAUGGUUGCUGGCAUACGUGUGAAGGGGGAGCCCGAUGAGGUACUGGGCUGCCCGACGUGCAUGCAAGCCAAGUUCACCCGUUUCCCGUUCUCUAGUUCGGAGGUAACGGCUAAGGCACCACUUGAUGAGGUGGUGAUGGACGUGAUGGGCCCCCUGAAGCUUGGAGCUGCUGGAGCUGAGUACUUUCUCACCAUAGUGGACGUCUACACUCGCAUGACUUGGGUGUACGUGAUGUCCAAGAAGAGCGACGUGGCUGAAACGGUGAAGACCGAUUGGUUGCCGAUGGUGGAGCGGCAACAAGACCGGCUAGUGAAGGCAAUCCGCACCAAUCGAGGGGGAGAGUUCGUGAGCAAGGAGUUCUCAUUGUGGCUGAAGAAGAAUGGCAUAAGGCACUCCCUCACCAUGCAAUACUCCCCUGCAAUGAACGGCAUCGCCGAGCGAGCAAACCGGACAAUCACGGAGACGGCGCGCGGGUUGCUAAUUGAAGCCCGGCUACUCAACUAUUUCUGGCCUGAUGCAGUUCGGAGUGUUUGUGUGGCCAAGAACAGAGCUUUGACUCAUGUUGGAGCAGACAAAUGGGUGCCCUAUGUGGAGUGGAUUGGAAGGAAGCCAAAGGUGGAUAUGCUUCGGGUGUUCGGGUGCAUGUGCAUGACGCUCGUGGCUAAGCAUCUUCGGCACAACAAACUCGGUGCCGAGGCGAUAUGGGCUGUGCACUUGGGCAUGGUUCAAAACAGCAAGGGGUGGCUUCUUUGGGACCCAUUCACCAAGAAAUUAUUGGUGAGCAGGGACUGCAAAUUCAUGGAGAAUCUGAUGUACAAGGAUUGGAAGGCGGAGAAUGAGGCGAAGAUAGGCAUGCGGUUUGGGGAGGUGAAGAGUUCCGAUGCCGGGGAACCAGCAACUCUCAAGGAGGCCUUGGAGAGUAGUGAUGCUGAGGAGUGGAAGAAGGCAAUGGAGAGUGAGUUGAAGAGCAUUGAGGAGAACGGCACGUGGGAAUUGGUGGAGCUACCGAAGGGGCGUAAGGCGAUUAGGUCCAAGUGGCUCUUCAAGAUCAAGUCCGACGCCGAUGGCAAAAUCGAGCGCUACAAGUCUAGGCUUGUGGCAAAGGGGUACCAGCAGAAGGAGAAGGUGGACUAUAAGGAGUUGUUUGCUCCUGUGGUGAAGCCGACGACGCUGCGAACCCUACUCGCGGGAGCUGCCAUCAAAGGAGGGGUGGUGAAACAAAUGGAUGUCACAACGGCAUUCCUCAACGGCGUCCUUGAGGAAGAGAUUUUUAUGGCGCAGCCAGAGGGGUUUGAUGAUGGUAGUGGCAGAGUUUUGAGGCUGAAGAAGGCCCAUUAUGGACUGAAGCAGGCCCCUAGGCAGUGGUACUUGAAGCUGCGAGGAGUUUUGGAGGAGAACGGCUUCACUCCCUCAACGGCCGAUCACUCAUUGUUCAUGCUUGGCGAGGGGGAGCAGAGGAGCUUCAUGGUUGUGUACGUGGAUGACAUCCUAAUUUUCUCACCCUCCUCUGAUCUUGUGAAGGAGGUGAUGCUGAAGCUUCAAGACAAGUUCAAGUGCAAGGCCCUUGGUGACGUGAGAUUCUACCUUGGGCUCCACAUCGAACGAGAUGUGGAGAAGCGGUGCAUGCGGGUGCAUCAACGGAAGUACCUAGAGGCAUUGGCUGCCAACUUUGGGCAGAGUGAAGGCCAUGUGGCUACACCCUUUCCCUCUGGGUUCAAGUGUGUGAAGGGACCAGAGGAGGAGAGCGUUGGUGAAGAGGAGAGGCGCCGUUUUCACUCGUUCGUGGGCAGCCUCAUGUACGCGGCGGUAAACACCCGACCGGACGUCGCGUUUGCUACCGGACAGUUGGCUAGGGCUGUUCAAUGCCCUAAUGAGGAGCAGGUAGCAGCUGGAAUGAGGGUGGCCAAGUAUCUUGGCCAAACACCGAGCGUUGGGCUGCAAUAUUUGGCGGCGGCGCAAAGGCGCCAAAAGGGCGCGGAUGGUGUUGAACCCGGGCGUUUGUUCCUCACCGCAUUCUCGGAUGCUUCUUAUGCAUCGGAACCAGAGGACAUGACAAGUGUUGGAGAGUUCAUUUGCUGUGUUGGUGGAGGCCCAACUGCUCGGGAGAGCAAGAAGCAGGUGGAUCAGGCAUUGACCUUGGUAGAGUCCGAGUACAUGGCACUCUUCCGUGCCGUACGGGAGAUUGUGUGGCAGCGGCGUUUGUUGGCUGAAUUGGGGGAGGAGCAGCAAGGACCUACCCCACUCUACUGUGACAGCCAAGGUGCCAUUGCUCUUGCUAAGAACCCUGUGUUGCAUGGCCUCACGAAGCACAUGAGGGUGAAGUGGCAUUGGACGAUGAGCAUGGUGGCCGCGGGUGAAGUUGAGUUGCGCUACGUGAAGACGACGGGGCAGCAAGCUGACAUGAUGACCAAGAGGCUGGUGGAGCAGCAGCAUUAG